CUUCGCGCACGUUGGCCGACGUCGGUGUUUCCCUGUCUGCACGUUACCCACUGUAGAGCGGCGCUUUGCAUAAGGGAGUUGCUUGCUUUCGUCUUAACGGUGUGACAGACGCUACCUGAAGUCAUGGCUGAGCAGGUGGCUGCCAUGUGUGAUCAGCUUAUAAAAGCCGUGAUGGUGAUAAUGGACGCAGAAACCAGCCAGAUUUACCGUCUGGAGGCCCUGAAGUUUUGUGAAGAAUUUAAAGAGACGAGCACCCUUUGUGUCCCAUGUGGCCUACACCUAGCAGACAAAAGUCAGCCGGCUGUAGUGAGACACUUUGGCUUACAAAUACUGGAGCAGGUCAUCAAGUUUCGAUGGAACAACAUGCAGCAGCAAGAAAAGGUCCAGCUGAAAGAGUGUGCCAUGCAGCUGCUAACAACUGGCACCCAUUCUAUCCUGGAGGAAGAGAGCCACGUCAAAGAUGCCCUAUCUCGGAUUGUGGUGGAAAUGAUUAAAAGAGAAUGGCCUCAACAUUGGCCAGACAUGCUGAAAGAGAUGGAGUCUCUCUCUAGCCAAGGGGAGGCACAGACCGAGCUGGUCAUGCUGAUCCUCUUGAGGCUGGCAGAGGACGUGAUCACCUUCCAGACGUUACCCUCUCAGCGGCGUAGAGACAUCCAACAGACACUCACCCAGGAUAUGGACAACAUCUUCAGUUUUUUGUUGGCCAUUCUGCAUAUCAAUGUUGAGGACUACCGCAAAUCGAAGGAGGAACCAGGCCUUGUACUGAAGGCCAAAGCUCACUGUCGAGUGGCCGUGGCCACGCUGAAUACGCUCGCAGGCUACAUAGAUUGGGUGACACUGGUGCACAUCACUUCCAGGAACUGUCAGCUGCUGGAGAUGCUGUGUCUGUUGCUGAGUGAACCCGAGCUGCAGCUGGAGGCUUCAGAGUGCCUGCUCAUUGCUUUAAGCCGCAAGGGCAAACUGGAGGAGAGGAAACCCUUCAUGCUGCUGUUUAAUGAUGUGGCCAUCCAGUACAUCCUGUCUGCAGCCCAAUCCGCAGAUGGUUUAGCGAUAUGUCCAAAUUCCUCCAAACCACAAGAAGUGGAGGUGGUGGAGCGGCGCUACGUUUUCCUGAAGCGGCUCUGUCAGGUCCUAUGCGCUCUAGGAUUCCAGCUCUGCUCGUUAGUGGGUUCAUGUUCAGAGGUUGAAGUUCCUCCAAAUCUCAGCAAGUACACCGAAGCCUUAUUAGCCUUUACUACACAUUCCAGUCAGUUUUUAAAAUCUUGCACUGUGUCAACAUGGGCCAGUUUGUUCAGACACGAGAAUCUAUCAAAAGUUCCUGUAGUUGUGGAGAUGGCCCUCAAAUACCUCAAAGUAUCGACAACCAACCUUGUUAGGACUGGCUUUCCUUCUAGACAAGACAGCCCUAGUUGUGUGUACUCAAGAAUGGACUUCGACAGCGAUGAGGACUUCAACUCUUUCUUUUCCACUUAUCGGUCGCAGCACGGGGACGUUUUGAGGACGCUAAGUCGUAUCGUUCCGGUAGAAGCUUUCCACACCGCAGCAGAAUGGCUUCUAUUCCAGGUCGCCCGUCCAGUUGAUCCUGGAGAAACGACAUCGAAGACUGCAGAGGGUCUGUGUUCCUUGAUGUCUCCAUCCGUCCUUCAGUGGGAUGCGCUGACUGUCUUCAUGGAGUGUGUGAUGCAUCAGAUCUUCAAAAGCUUGGAUGAGGAGAAGUUGCCGAUAGAUCAGAGCAUGGAGCUCCUGCAGAGCGUGCUGAACUACGAAACCAGAGAACCGCUCAUCCUGUCCUGUGUGCUGAGCAACAUUUCUGCCCUCUUUCCCUUCGUCACCCACAGGCCACAGUUUGUGCCACAGGUCCUCUACAAGCUAUUCAAAGCCGUCACGUUUCACAUUGAUUUGGAAAACAAGGCACCUCGGAGUCGAGCUGUGAAGAAUGUUCGGAGACACGCGUGCUCGGCUAUCAUCAAAAUUUGCCGGGAUUACCCACAGUUUAUCCUACCUUGCUUUGACAUGUUUUACAACCACAUGAAAGAGUUGUUUGCAAAUGAAGCCUUGCUGACUUUCUUGGAGAAAUGCUCCCAGAUGGAAGCUCUGGUGCUCAUCAGUAACCAGUUUAAAGACUUUGAAAAGCAAAAGGCUUUUCUAGAUGAACUAAUGGCCCCAAUAAUCACUCAGUGGACCUCUGAGGAGAUGACAAGCGUACUUUGGGACCCUGUCAAGUUCCUGUCGUUUGUUGGUGCGGAUGAAGUGAUCACAGAGCAAAGAGAAGAGAGAGAUACAGCUGGACCUAACAGGGGUCAAUUGAGCUUCUGUUUGUAUGCGAUGCUUGCGGUGGUGAAGCGUGCGCGAUGGCCUGCAGACCUGGAAGAAGCGAGAGCCGGUGGAUUCGUGGUGGGCUGCAAUCCUGCUGGAGCCCCCAUCUACAGAAACCCUUGUGCAGCUCAGUUUCUGGCCUUCCUGCCCAACCUGCUGGCUCUAAUAAGGACUCAGAACAGCUUGUUCAUGCCAGAGAAUGUAGCUCGUCUUAGUGAGACUUUCUGCAGAGCUUAUGAUGUGAUGGAUGGAGAUAAACUCGUAAUUCUUGGUCUCCCACAGCCUCCUCUGGAUAUUUAUGAUGCUCCAGUGCAUAAAAGCCUCUUGGAUCGCAUGCAGGGAUUCUUUAACUCGUUAUUUGAAAACUGCUUCCAUAUCCUGGGCAACGCAGGUCCGGCUCUGCUGCAGGACUUCUACACCGUGGAGAGUCUGGCUGAAGGAAUCAUUGGCUCUGCCUUUACUUCCCUCGACCACGUGCCUGACUACAGACUCCGCUCAAUGAUUCGGUUGUUUUUGAAGCAGCUAGUGAUCUCGUGUCCUCCAGAGUAUCAUGACAGUCUGCUGCGCCCUCUGCUGGGGCCUUUGUUCACCUACAUGCUGCAGAGACUAAACAUAAAGUGGCAGCUCAUCAACCAGAGGACGUCUGUCAAUGACGAGGAUGAGGAGGAGCAGGUGGUCUACGAGGACUGCGCUGUGACUCAGGAGAUGUUGGAGGAGCAGCUGGUUCGCCUGCUCACCAGGGAGGUUCUGGAUCUGCUCAAUGUAAGCUGUAUUUCCAGAAAAGUGCCUGAACAAGCAGCAAAUAAAGAGGAAAUUGAUGAGGAAGAUGUGGUGAUGGAGUUGGCGCAGGUAGCGUCUUCCCCUCAACCCACUGAAGAGCUGAGUGAGCUUGGAAAAUGCUUGAUGAAACACGAGAAUGUGUAUAUGUCAUUGUUGACCCUCUCGUUCACCUCACUGUCCUGGAAGGACACCACAAACUGCCACCGAACGGCGUCCAUGGUCUGCUGGAACCUCCUGCGGCAGGUUGUAGCAGGUAACCUCCUCACUGAAGCGGUCACAUGGUUCUACACCAGCGUUCUCAGAGCUCUGCAGGUUCACGGACAACAUGAAGCCUGCAACACUCCCCUCUGUAACCUAGCAAUGCUCAUCUACGAAAACCUGCGGCCUCGCUACAUUGAGCUGCGGGCAGUGAUGACCCAAAUUCCAAACAUCAGCACUGAAGCUCUGGACCUCUACGAUCAAAGGCUGGUGGAUCCCAAUGCCCAGAAGGUUGGAGAGAAGAAAAGGAGAGACCAGUUCAAGAAGCUCCUUGCAGGAACUAUCGGGAAAGCUCUCUGCCAGCAGUUCAGGAAGGAGGUCCACAUCCGCAACCUUCCAUCACUCUUCAAGAAGCCGAAGCCAGACAAGGAUAUAGUGGAGACUGAACAACUGGGCCUUGCAGCUCUCUUCAGUUCGGAGAAUGACGUGCUGUAGGGGGAAAGGGCCUCUUACUGGCUGGAAACUUUUGUUGUGUGUUUAAACAUCUCCACAACACUCAGCUGUAGCAGUGUGGAGCUGCCCAACAUAUCUGUCAACUUGCUUUUUAGUGGAUCAUCUCAGCAGGACUCACACCAACACACAAUUUUCUUUUUGCGACGGCAAACUAUUUAACUUUGAAAAACAAAUUAAACAGAAGUCCAUAUUGUCUGUUGGAUUUUUCAGAGCCCAGUAACUAUUUAUUUUUUAAACAAGCCACAAAUCUGACUUCACUCUUCUCUCUGUAUUUACUUCUGGUUCUUUUAUUAUUUUAACAAGUUAAAGCUACACAAACACUAAGAAGAGCUCCAUUAUGAGCUCAGCUGCAGCUUUUGUAUUCAGGAAAAGUAUUUAAAAUCUUUCAAUCCUCCAAUAAGCAAAAUCUGAAGUUGUUUGCUUCAGAGGGAGGUUUUUAAAGGCACACAGGGAGGAACAGAUCUGUUUUAUGCGGUUUGCACAGAGCUGGGUGUGUUUGGUGUUAAAAACUAAGUAUGUGAGCUUAGAGUUGGCAGAUAUGUUGUGGGGAUUUAUUCAAUAAGGUUUUAUUGAUGAAACUGAGGGGGGGAAAAUGGUGCAUGGUUCCGGUGACGGAUGUUUUCUGUGACUGGAUGAGCUUUAACACGGUUUCUGAUUCUGAAGGAAUUUAUCAGUGGUACCUUAGGUUGAACGUUUCUUUGAUGGGAAGAAGAAACUUUUAAGAAACUG